AUGGUGCAGCCUGUGAGAUGUAAGAAACCAAUCAAUUACUCACAGUUUGGCGACUCUGACAGUGAUGAUGAUUUUGUUUCUGCAACUGUACCUUUAAACAAGCAAUCCAGAACAUCAAAGGAGUUAAAACAAGAUAAACCAAAACCUAAUUUGAACAAUCUCCAGAAAGAAGAAAUUCCACUAGAAGAGAAAACCCCUAAAAAAAAAAGGAUGGCUUUAGAUGAUAAGCUCUACCAGAGAGACUUAGAAGUUGCACUAGCUUUAUCAGUGAAGGAACUUUCAACAGUCACCACUAAUGUGCAGAAGUCUCAAGAUAAAAGAGUUGAAAAACAUGGCAAUAGUAGAACAGAAACAGUGAGCAAGUCUCCUCAUAUCUCUAAUUGCAGUGUAGCCAGUGAUUAUUUAGAUUUGGAUAAGAUUACUAAGAAAGACAAUGGUGGUAUUCAAGGGAAAAGAAAAGCAGCAUCUAAAGCUGCGGUACAACAGAGGAAAAUUUUUCUGGAAGGCAGUGAUGGCAAUAGUGCUAAUAACACCAAACCAGACUUGGCAACUGGUGAAGAUUCUGAGGAUGAUUCUGAUUUUGGUGAGAGUGAGGAUAAUGACAAAGACUCCUCUAUGAGAAAAAGUAAAGUUAAAGAAAUUUAA